UUUCAAAGGAGUUCCAGGCAAAAUACGAUGGUGUGCGACAAGUGUGAAGCAAAGCUGUCCAAGGUGAUUGUACCUGACCGGUGGAAGGACGGGGCGCGCAACACUGCGGGAGGAAAGGACGGCGGGCGCAAGAUCUCAGGGAAUGCUCUCCUGGGAAAGAAGCAUCGAUUCACACCCAUGAGCCGAAGCUGUCGGAUAUGCAAGACCAAGGUGGCGCAGGAAGCCCAUUAUUGCCAGAACUGUUCCUACACGAAAGGUAUAUGUGCCAUGUGCGGCCGAAAGAUCAUGGAGACGAAGAGCCACAAUAUGUCGACAGUUUAACACAACUGUAAACUCGUUCAAGCAAUUUCCAUCUUCUUCCCCGUUUUGCGGACUUCCAUUAACGUUACAUACAUACACGCCAUUCUGCUCCAUCGCAAUGUGUUGGUGACGCAAGCACGUUGACCUAUCUAUUUAUAGCCACGUGCAUCGCUUUCGUGGCUUUGCUGGGGAUGAGUUCCCCUCGACGGACAUCCGUGGCGAAAGCCGGGCAGUCGGCUGCUCCUGUAGCCGAGGUCGUCAAGCCCAAACCCGAGCGUUUCGUCUUGAGCUCUGGCCAUGACGCCCACGACCUUCUAGAAGCGGCAGAAACCGAGCUCAAAGGAUGCAGCGGCACCUUGUUUGACCAUCUCGAGCAAAAGAACCUAGAACCCACGCCACUGGAUAGCCUCAGCGACGACGGUGACGACGCCGACAAGGACAACGAUGCGGACGACCAUCUUCGCCAGCAGGUGGUAUACACGACAAACCUCCAUCUUAAAGCGUUGCCGCGCCAUGGAAACCGCACCCGCCGCAUGAUCAUGUCGACGCCCACCAAGCGCGUGUCCAAGGCAAAACCUAAGGGACCACGCACGUACGACGAGUUGGAGGCGCUGAUGAAAUCCCUCGACCACUCGCUCACGGAGAAGGACAAACUACUGCACCAGCAGCACACCAUCUACCAAGUUGCGAUCAACCACUUGAGCCAAGACAACAUUGUCAAGCAGCAGCGCGCGAUCCGGUUCACGACCAUGCAGCACGAGGUCGAGCACAUGCAGCAUCAUGUCCAGAAAAACACGAUCAUGCGUGUGGACUUUGACGAAGAGACGACGCCACGGUCCGCCGUGUACCGCCACGCGGCGCACAUGACCGACGUGGCGGCCCUCGGCGUGCGCAUCUACAACGUGAACGACCACCCGCGUGAGGCGACGGACCGCAUCGUCGUGGCGCGGCGGCUGUCGGCGACGCCGUCCACGCCACACAACAAGGCCAAGCACAAUUCCGGACGGCAAUACGUCAACCAAGCGCAGCCGCGACUGAUGAAGAACCAAAAGUACAUUGAGCGAGAGAACGAGUUCCUCUAACAUGACGACUACUGUAUACUUGGUGGUCAUUGUUUUGGUCGUUAAUAACGCUGGAACCGGCCGGGAAGGUCGUCGGCCGAGGGCGGGUACUUAUGCGGCAGCUGAACAUACUGCUGCGGCGGUUCGCCAACGUCCCGCGUCACCGACUGGAUGCGGCGCAUGGGCGCGAUCAUCGCCCCUGUGGGGUCGUCCAGAAAGUCUCCGCGGCCCAUCAUCAUCGUCGUGCUGUCUCCUCUCUGGACCAUCGGGCGCGACUGCUGCUGCGGCGAAGGUUGCGAUCGAUGGUAGUACGGCUGCUGUUGUUGUGCGUACGAAGUCGGUUGGUACUGCGUCGUGGCUUCGGGCGGCUGCUGGUCGUACGCCCCUUUGCGCCCCAUCGCAUCUACACACACAUAGCCAGCGAUUCACAACCAACGACGACGCAAGCAUCCGUACCGCGAGAGUCGCUGCGUUGAAGGCCAUACCCGCCGCCGCCCAUGUUGGCUACCUGCACGUUGUCUUGCGGGUACCGCGCGGUCGACGGGUUCAAAAAGGGGGGGGAAGGCCGGCGGUCGGGCAUGGCACUCGUGUAGCCGGGGGCGGCCACGGCAUGGUGCGAAGAAGACACCGCCGCCGUGUCUCCUCGUCCGGCUUGCUACUCCCAUCGUCAUGGACUCCAUGACGCUUUCGCGGAAUGAUAUCGUACCAAGUUGAGCACAGUCCAGUCAAACAUGGCGUCAAACUGGAACCCUUUGCGGAAAAACAGCUCCUUGAAC